AUGCCACCGCCGCCACCACGACCCCCUUACUCCGGCCGAGGAACCGGACAGAGUUUCACGCGACAGACGGCUUCCAUUCCUGCGAACCCGUCCGAAGCUGGUUCCUUCUACGAGGGCCCUCCACCACCUCCACCACCUCCCAGCAUACCCAGGAGGUUUUCACCGGCAAGGCCGCAGCGGGUAGCAUAUCGGGGUUACAGCGAGGCCGAGGUCGUCGGCAUCCUGAGGUCGCUGGAAGACGGGCGCAGGACUACGCGCGGCGGGAUCGAUGUCUCCAAGACGUCCGAAGAUGGGCCUCCGUCGCCUCGAAAGUCCACCAGCUCAGAGCUCACGCUCCCUAUGGACAUAGAUGAUACGGAACUGGCGCCGGAGAAGGAUAUGGAGCCGAGGCGGUCCCGUUCCUGCAGGUUUGGAUCGGCGCACCAGUGGAUCUUUGCAGGAAUCCUCAGUGCCAACAUAAUGGUGCUGAUAUUAGUAUUAGCCCUGACCUUCACCGGGUCAUAUCGAUUGACGUACCAAGCUGCCAUGAGUGGCUUCACCAUCAACCUUUUGUUUCUUCUCAUUGUCCGCAAUGAUCAUGUCCUCAACGCUCCAUUCCAUUUCCUUGGUGACCGGCCACAGAGGAUACCAUUCCGCGUUCGCUAUCUGUUCGCCAAGUAUUACUCUGUGGGAGGCGUUCACAGUGCUUGUGGAGUUGCAGCGGGUGUGUGGUACCUUGCAUACCUCGUGAUUCUGACGGUCGAGUAUAGGAAGCGAGACAUGUAUCUCGGCCUCACUCCGGCGCGGAGCCACGUCUACUUUGUUACUUACACCCUUCUCAUCGCCGUUUUUACCAUCCUCGUCUUCUCUACUCCCAGACUCCGCCGUGCCACUCAAGACUGGACCCAGCUCAUCCAUCGAUUCCUCGCCUGGACAAUAAUAUUCCUCGUCUGGAUCCAGACCCUGCUGGUGGCCCACGAUGACAGGAGGGUCGAUCAGUCGUACAGCGACGCACUAUCGGACAACCCUUCCUUCUGGCUCCUGUUGAUCAUCACCUUCCUCGUCAUAUACCCCUGGGCGUACAUGAGAAAGCGCGAGGUGCACGUGGAGUAUCUAUCCGACAACUGCGUCAAGUUCAACUUUGACUACCAGGAUCUCGAGUUCGGGCAGCACAUUUGCAUGUCGGACGCGCCGCUGAAGAAGACUUAUACAUUUGCCAUUCUCCCGAACCCAAAAAAGCCGGCAGAUCCACCCCCAAUCGAGAUCAUGCCGACGAUGCUGAGCCGCUCCAACACGGCGGGGGUGGCCGGCAACACCAACCACAACAACAACAACAACAACAACAACAACAAUAACAACUACUCGUCCUACACGGCGAGGCUCCCCACGCCCGUGAGCAGCAUCUUCGAAAGCGGGAUCGGCAAGGGCGACGCGGCACCGACGACGGAGCCGACGGUCGAGGCUCUGCAGGCGGCGGCGCGAGACCGAUCUGUCCUGCGGCGGUACCACCAGCACCAGCUGCAGCAGCUGUCGCCGCCGCGGCUGUCGCACGCGGGCGAGCCGGGGUUCUCGGUGGUGACGUCGUCGGCGGCGGGCGAGUGGUCGCGGGGCAUGAUGGCGGCGGCGCCGACGCAGCUGUACACGGUGGGCGUGCCGCGGUUCGGCGUGGCGCGCGUGGCCGCCAUGUUCGAGCCGCUGAUCGUCGUGGCCACGGGCUGCGGCAUCAUCCCCUGCCUGGCCCUCUUCACCGAGCGGCCCGACCACCUGACCAGGAUCAUCUGGGCGGCCAACGGCCCGCUCGAGACGUUUGGCGAGGGCGUCGUCGAGACGGUGCUGCGCGUCGACCCGGACGCUGUGAUUUGGGACACGCGCAAGAUGGGCAGACCGGACCUGGUCAGGCUGGCGUGGAAGGCGUGGAUCGACAGCGCAAAGGAGGACGUCGCCGGCCCGGGGAUGAGGAUAGUGCCGGUGAGGAAGGCCAUGGGCCAGUGCGAGGCCGUAAUUGUCGUCAGCAACCGGCGCGUCACCGAGCAGGUGGUGGAUGGACUAGAGGCCAAAGGUGUUGCUGCUUUUGGAUCAAGUUUCGAGUCGGAUUCAUGA